UCCAGAGAUAAUAACGUUUCUUCUUGCGCGUUCUUCCUUCUACUCUUUCGUCUAUUUUCUCGUUUACUUUUGUGCUCUGUGAUUAACUACUAUCUUCUUUUAUACGUUUCUACUAUUUGUUAAGGUUGGGCCUUAUGAAUUAGGAGUUUUAUUUUAGGAUUUUAAAUCUUGGACAAUGACCAUACCAUAUUUAAAAUACUAUUCAUACUAAUAUAAUAGCAUUAUCUAGUGAGCUGGACGUAUUAUAAAGAACUCUAGUUUAACAAGAAUGUAUAGGACUUAUGGACCCAAGUGUUAGCUAAAGAUUUAUAAAAGUGCGCGCAUAAUCUUGUCUUUCGUACAAAUCUCCGAAAGCAAAAACAAUGGCUUUCGCUGCGGCUCGUAUGAUCCUUAAGGACAAAAGGAGGAAAACAUCUAAAGAGGACUUCGCACCAAGGAGCAAAAGCAAGACAAGGACUCCAAGCACUGGUAGCUUUACGAGUGUCAGUCAGGCACGCAACAAGCCUGCAGACGGAGGGGGUCAUGUCAACCAAAAGGGAACAGCCGGACAGAAGUCAGCGACUACGCCGCAGGCCAAAUCCUCUCAAACACCGGUCAAGAAACCUCCAACUGCACAGAAGGGACAAGUCAAAACUCAGCCGAAGCCAGCGCCCCCUCCAGUCAAAGCAGCUAGUGGAAAACAAAAGAACAAGAAGGGGCAGAGACAUCAACAACAUGAUCUGGCAGUCACCAUCAAUCUAUCGGAGUAUGGACUUUGUGAAGACCAGGUUGCCGAGUUCAAGGAGGCAUUCAUGCUGUUUGAUAAAGACGAGGAUGGGACUAUCACGAUGGCAGAGCUCGGAGUGGUCAUGCGAUCAUUGGGGCAGCGACCUUCAGAAACUGAGCUGAGAGACAUGGUGAACGAAGUAGACCAGGAUGGCAAUGGAACUAUAGAGUUCAACGAGUUCCUUCAAAUGAUGUCCAAGAAGAUGAAGGGAGCAGAAGGUGAAGACGAGCUUAGAGAGGCUUUUAGGGUUUUUGACAAGAACAAUGACGGCUUGAUCUCGUCGACAGAGCUGCGUCACGUGAUGACAAACCUGGGAGAGAAGCUAACAGACGAGGAAGUUGACGAUAUGAUCAAGGAGGCUGACCUCGACGGCGACGGCAUGGUCAAUUACGACGAGUUUGUAACGAUUCUGACAUCAAAAAAAUAAACGCUAGGAAGGUAGACUGAAGACGUCUCUGCAUUCUAGCGGAGAAACCACUAACUACACGUCCACUAUGCGAUGCGCGCGCAUCCCCAUCGAUAAUUAUUUUCAACCAGUUUUAAAAUUUCAUUUUAUUCUACUUAUACAAUAAAUAUUACUUUGCUAUUAAUAUUUUUCUCCAGGAGAGUACUUUAAUCGUAGUAUAAUUUGUAUAUAAUUUCUGUAAGUAUUUUGUAUCCGAAGUAGAAUGAUAAUAAGGAGAUUACAAACAUAUUUUUAUAUUGAAUGACAUUUGAAGGAAUAAUUUAGCUUUUUUAGACGUAUUUUAAUAGCAAAACUGCGUAGUAAGAUUUACAAGUUUGAAAAAACAUAACCAAUGGAGUUUUCACAGCAGCUGAACGAUCGAUUCCCAUGAAUUUAGCUAUGAGCACGUUGGCAAAAUAAACUUUAAAAGCGAUAAAGAUCUUACUGCGCAGUUAAAUUUAGCUAUCGUUAUGAAAAUCAUAGAUUAUUUUACUGUACAAUCAUAUUAAUGGUUUAAAUUUUGUAUACAAUUACAAUAAUGGUUAUUUUAAAUUUUACUAUUCGAACUGAAACAAUCGAUGAAUAGGUUGUGUUAGGGUAGUCUUGGAUUUCAAAAAUACAGUUUUGGUUUAACUACAAAAUAAACCUUCCCGGAUAUGCCCUUAGUAGUGAGUGAAGUAAAUGACAUAAAAUUCACGUAAAGGGAUGAACAGUUUAAAUGAAACAAAUUUAUUUUACAUUCCACCAUUUCUUUUGGAUGCCAUUAACAAAGGCAUGCCAUAAUCAUUAAGGAUUGGAUCUAGACGAUAACAAUGAAAACAUAAAUUUUUAAUUUUUGAAGCUUGCUAAAUAUGCAUAGUAGAGAAAAGAAAAUUUACUAAUUAAAGUACACCGACAGAAAAUCUGACUCUAAAUGUUGAUUAGCUAUGGAUUAUGUUAAAACAAGAAUCGAAAUUUAAUGUAGUUCCCUGAACCAGAAAAGUUUAAUACAAUCAUUAUAGUUUAAUUUAAUUUAUCGGUUAGUGCUUAGAAUUUGUUCACGAAUAUAAAACAAUAGAUCUUUAAACUUUUAUCCUCAUCAGGAAUAUUUACUAAAGUGAUCACCUCACACAUUCUUUUCCAUCUUGAGCUUAAAUUAUUUCGUCACAUGUAAAGCCACAAUUAUUUAUUGCUACUUGCCUUAGAACACGAGGCCUAGUUAAUCAAAAUAAAAAUAAAAACCACCACAGUGUAAAUCUUACCACGUUUGUUCACAUCAUUUUGAUUUAGUUAUGUUUGUUUGAUUAUGUUUUUAAUUUGUACAUAGAUAAUAACCCAGUCUAAAGAAACUGGCAAGAAGGAUGUUCAGUGUUAGAAAAGCUAGUUUAUAUAAUAUAUGUUACCGAUGUAUGUAUUGUUGUGUUAACGCAUAUUGUGAGCAGGUACUUAUAAAUAUAACAAAUUGUAAAUCUAUUUGUAAAUCUAUUUGUAUUUCUCUAAUGGAUAUUCAAGAAAACAAACACUGGAUGUAUAGACAAAUAGUAAUGGUUAAGAAAGGAGCUAGUCAAACUCACAAAGAAAACUAUGCAGCAAUUCACUUCAUUAAACACUUAUCAUUUAAUUUUGAUUUAAUAGGCAGCAUUAUUUAAUAAAAGUAACGAUAGUACAGUGAGUUAUAACAAUAAAUAUUUGAAAUUAUCACACCAUAUUCAGAUGAUAAAUAGGCAUUGGUUGAAAUACUACACCAUGUUGUACAUAUGCAUACAGUUUUCACAAAUAUGAUACUCUUCUUAAACUUAAUUGUAUAAAAUUCGUUAACGAGUUAAACAUUGAUAUCUUCAGUAGACCGUUAAUAACCUUAAUUUGGCUAUUUCGUUUAAGAAUAUUUUCUAAAUUUACGGUGGUCUUUUCAUUAAGUUAAAAGCAUCCCACUAAACAAUGUUUCCAAUGUAGAUAGCCUUUAAUUAGAAUUUAAAUGUGCAUUUAUAAAGACAUCUGAAAUAUUAUUAGUUACGCUUACCUGCUCACAAUUAAAAUAAGUGUUCUCAAUAAAUGUUUGUUUAGCAAGGAGAUCAGCCAAUCAUGUAUCCUUAUACCCUCAGUAAUAUGAGCGGUUAUUGGAAUUUGUGUAAUUCUUAGUAAAAUCUAUCUAAGCUAAAUUAAUAUUGGUUUCAAUUUGAUACGGAUAUAGCUGUCAAUAAUCAUUUUAAGUAUUGAUAUUUUGAGGUAAAAUAUAGUCGUUGUUAAUUUUAAUUACAUUAGUUAACAAGUAUGUUUCACAGUUUAUUUUUUUACGAGAUUCGUUCUCUUAUUAUGUGCGAUCAUAUUAUUUCAGGGAAUUCUAAUAUAUUACUGUGUUCAUAAUAUUAAUACUCGCGUACAAAUAUAUUAAAUGCAGUUUUUGUAACAAUAUCAACUGAAAUGUUGAGUGGAAUUAGUGUAUAUUAUUGAUUGCAUGAUAUGAAUAUGUUGCUGUUGUUAUUGUCAUAGCCCAGAGUUAGGAACGGUUGGCUCCAUUGGUGCCAUUUAUUUAUUUAGCUUUAUACAGCAUUUUUUAAUUAGUUUACAAACUAGGUUAAGAGAUUUGUAAGAUCUUGCUUCCACAGCAAAUGUUUUCUUAGCCCGAUAAGAUACAUAUUUGUAAAUUAAUUACUUUAGUAAGUAAUGACUUUGAUACGUUAAACGAUACGUUUUGUAAUGUUAGUUAGUAUUGGUUGGUUUGUUUGUUCGUUCGAAUUUGAUGAUACCAAUAGAUUAUUGUUGAUGAAAAAUAUCUAAUUAUUAGGAAAAUAUAUUCAUUCACUGUUAUAUUCAACAAAAUAAACUUAACAGAGUUAAGAAUUUUAUAUAUUAGUUUUCAGAAGAAUAUUUUCAUCCCGGUAACAGUACGAGGGAAAAAAACUUAUGACACAGAACGUGUACAUUCCACCAAGUACGCGAUGGUACUAGUAGAUUGCUUCAGUAAUAAACUUAAGACACUAACUCUUAAAUAAACGACAUAAUCAAUACCAAUCUUGAAUAUUCAACUAAACAAUACCCACUUAAUAAAAUGGUUGUUAAAUAAUACGGAGGAAGAAUCCCCAUUGUUGUCACGUGAAUAUAGUUUUAUAGUGAAGAAACUAUUAAUGAUGUUGAUGCCAGAGUCUAUAACAAGAAAUGUUACAAAUAUUUUGUAAUACUGACUUGUAAUACUUAAGCUCGCGAUCACUUAGAAUAAUCAAUCUAUUUCUAUUCAAGGUAGUGCGUAUUUGUUACAUCGUCCGAAGGUUAGCUGGAAAGAAGGAAUAUGCUUAAUGUCUACUGUAGAUUCGUAGAAACCCAUGUUAGUUAGCGGCCUUGGCCAGUGUUGAUGUUUCUAUGUAUAUAGUACGGGCUGUAUGUGUAGCAGGUGUAUGCAUGUAGAGUGAAGUAGGUGAACUGUGGUUGUCUUACCUUGUACGGUGGUAGUGUGUGAGGAACAUUUUUAAAUAUUUAAAACUAUUAUUUAUUCACGCUGAGCCCCCGGAGAUGAAAAAGCUCGGCAAUGGUUAAAUUGUUUAACUAAUUCCUUUAUAGGUCUAGUUUUUUUAAAUUUCUAAGUUAGUUUUCUCCUUUUCUUUCUUCACUCCAUUUCGUUCCAGCCCUUGGGGAUUUUGUCUCCGGUUUAGGUUACUUUUUUGAACAAAGUUUCUUAAUUAAAUGCUUUAUUUUUAAUUUUGGGCUGUUAUUAACCUGGCCAUAUAAUAAAAUAUUUAUUUCACAUUGCUUUUGUUAAACUAUUACAUGUAAAGUUUGUAUUAAAACACAAAGUUGAAGAUAUUUGCAGCUAAAUGUAAGGGGUUUCAAAAUGUUAACUUUAGAUUAAACAAUUCUGAUCUUGUUAACAUCUCACACUGCCACCUAAAGCCAUUAAUGACUGGUGAAAACCCAAGAUACGCCUCUGAUGAACACAUAGAUCUCCGUUACUGCGUUUUAGGAUUGAUAUUUUAUGCUGAUGCAAGAUGGCGGAUCGAAUGUACUGUCCGAAGUUUAUACUUCAGCGUCAUUGUUUAAUAUAAUUAAAAGAUCU